UAGGAAAAUACAGAGCGCAAGAAGAAAGCUGUCAUACAAUCAAUCAAUAAAUUCAAAGCGGAUCACGCAGAGAACAAAAGAAAAGCAGAGGAGGAAAUGCAGAACUUAAAAGAACAGAUUUUGGAUCGCGACAAAGCUCUUUGCAUUUUUGCUGAUCAUAGCUUUGCAGAAGCACGGAGCUUGUGUGGUAUUGAUGCUCCGCAGUAAAGACAACUAAAAACACCCGAUGCUGAGAGUGAACUUGCAUAAGAACCAUCCAGGACUUCAUUUUGUUGUGUAGUUCGUUAUUCUUAUUUUGUAUUAAGAUAAAACUCAGGGUGUUUUUUUUUUUUUGAUACAGCUCGAGAUUCUACAUUUUGCUAUGGUAGCAGAUUAUCAGAUUUAUACCGAUUUUGUGUGUGUGUGUUUUGAGACAGCAACAUAAAAAAGGCCUUACAAAUACAAUUGAUGGCCCAUCACUUUGCAAAUAGCUUCCCUGGAAUAACCAGAGUGAAAAUGUCACCCUUAUCAUUAAUUGACAACUCUAAAUUGCCCGUUGGUGUGUAUGUGAGUGCGAAUGGUUGUUUGUUUGUAUGUGCCCUGCGAUUGGCUUGCAACCAGUUCGGGGUGUACCCCGCCUCCUGCCCGAUGAUAGCUGGGAUAGGCUCCAGCACGCCCACGACCCUAGUGAGGAGAAGCGGCUCAGAAAAUGGAUGGAUGGAUGGACCUUAUUCUGUCCUGUGAAAUAAUGUUAUCAACUAUAGUAAAGGUGUGCUUCAUCUCUGUCGUUCACUCUUAAAUAUGUUGCAUUUCUUCGGUUGCCACGGUCCAUGGAGGUAUGUCAGCUACUGUAAUUUCCUUUUUCAUAACAAUAAAAAACAUUUACUGUAUUUAGAGGUUGCUUAUGUUUUUAUGUAUAACUUGCCUCCAGUGUUGCGGAGUUAACUAGUUACAUGUAAUUGUGUAAUUACAGAAUGUUACAGAAUACAGAAUGUAUGCAAUUGUAUUACAUGGAGAAAAUGUGUGGUUAAAUUACAGUUGCUUUUGGAAAGUUGCCUGAUGACAAUUUUAGUUAGAUCUGAAAAAUAGUCCAAAAAGCUCAGAUUUUUUUUCUUCAUAUCACUUCCUCCUAAAUGCGACACUUGUGAUUGGCUAUCUGGUCAUGUGCCAUUCUGCCGCAGUCUCAAACGUAACAUUUUUCCAAAUGGGACCUCGAAAUGCAAUCUUGUGGCGCAAUCUAUUAGUUUGCCUCAGAGUUUGAAAAGGUUAGACUCAGUUAUGCUUUUCAACACAGAAAAAUAACAUUAUUUUGAACAGUUGCAUUUUUAUAAUUUUGGACUUUUUAUGUAGCAUUCACUUACCGGAGUGAGUUAAAUGUCUUUCCCAUGGACAUAAAGAUGACAUUAGCUUGGCGUGGAUACAAACCAGCACCAUGAUUGAUACUACAACUGGGACUUAUGCUACACACAUCUCUGGACCAGUGAUGACUGUCAACCUCAACAUUAAUUACUAUAGGUAACUGUAUGUUCCACAAACUUCCAGUCAUUAUCUAUCUAUCUAUCGAUCGAUCGAUCUAUCGACAAGCUUUGACAAACAAAAAAAAUAUUUAUUUUCACUUUGUAUGUUUAAUAAAAAAAAAAAACAUGCAAAUAAGAUAAAGACGUUAAGACAACAACGUCAAAAAAGUUGCCAUUUCCCUAUUUGUGCGACUUAAUCUUGCCGAGCCACCCUCCAUACACGUCAGAGGAACGCCGUGAUGGAGUUACCUGUGCUUUAUGACAAUCUGAAAGCAUGGCAAACUAAUGGAGCACAGAUACCUCAAUAUUCAUAAACAUACAGUAUUAAAGUGAAGGAACAUCCAUCCAUUUUCUGUACCGCUUAUCCUCACUAGGGUCACGGGCAUGCUGGAGCCUAUCUGAGCUAUCUUCGGGCGAGAGGCGGGGUACACCCUGAACCGGUUGCCGGCCAAUCCCAGGGCACAUAUAAACAAACAACCAUUCACACUUAUGGGAAAUUUAGAGUCUGCAAUCAACCUACCAUGCAUGUUUUUGGGAUGUGGGAGGAAACCGGAGGACCUGGAGAAAAACCACGCAGGCAAGGGGAGAACAUGCAAACUCCACUCAGGCGAAGCCGGGAUUUGAACCCCGGUCCUCAGAACUGUUGGUUUUGUGCCCAAAAAAAUAUCAUCUUAUUUUUGUAUGUAUAAAUACAGUAUGUUUUUAAAGAUACAAAAUGGAUUAUUGGCUUUUGUGAUUUUUUUGACAGAUGAAGUCAAAGUUGUCUCAGCUGAUAACACCCAUUAUAUCCUCUCCAGCUUUAUCAUGCCAACAGCCAGUUUGCAACUCCAAUUUUGUUUGAUGGAAAAAGUUCAGUUUGCAUCAGUAAAAAUAAUAAUUUUUUAAAGACCCUACAUUUAAAAACAUACAGAAAGUGUUAAUUGUGGAUUGCAUGUGUAGUUCAAUCAUUAAGAAUCCCUUUCAUGUUUUAUUAGUCAAACAACCAUGACCAGAUGUUCAUGAAUACAUUUUGUAAUGAGCAAUGUAUUUCGUUUGUUUGCUUACUCCAGCAAAAUUGUAAUAAUUUCUAUGAAAUAAUUAUUGUUUUUGUAAUAGGUUGGCUCAAUGCUCAGUAGAAUAGUAUUGAUAUUACUGUAUGUACAUAUAACUAACAAGAAACAAAGUAAAAAAUAAAAAAGACAGCAGAGGGGUUAAAAGAAAUGUAAAUGUAAAAAAAAAAAAAAAAGACUAAGGUCUUGCAUGUUGGUCUAUUGUAAGUACUAAAUAUAGUCUAAAUAUGCGACAGUGAUAUUUUUACCAUGUGCACAAUGGAAAGUAUAUUAUUGAAAAUGAUUACCAACUAUAAAAGAAUCUUAAAAAUACAUUUAAUAUUAAUGAAGCGUAACUAGAUAUGUGUGGUCAAAUGCUAAUAUUAACAUAAUAGAAUUGAUACAAAAUAAACAAACACAUCUUGCAAAUAGUGGUGUGGUUGAGUUAGUGUUUACGUUAAUUUGUUUGACAUGUGAACGCGUGACGAUUACAGGAAGUAGAUUAUUUCACCCAAUUACAGUGCAGGGAUGCAUCACGUGACAUGAUUGACGUCAGGCCUGUGUUUCCCUCAUGGCGGAAGUUGACAAGGGUGAACCGGUUUUAUUGAAAGUCAUUUACAUCACAUCAGGCUAUUAGUGUUUCACCAUAGCUGGGCAGAAACAUGUUAUAAAUAUGUGUACGGUAUAUGAAAUAGCGAUCGUUAUCUUUUUUUUUUUAAAGCGUUUAGUUAAAUACGUUUGAACGCCGAAGCUCCGUUAAUUCAGACGUUCGUGACCCAACAGUUGUUGUUACUCUCUUACUGUUCCACUUUUUACAGCCCCUCGUCAGCUCAAAGAUGGCGAGGAGCCUGUUACGGAUAUUGACGGGCUACCAGCAUCUUGCUUCACCCCCAUCCAUGUCUCCUCAUCUCUGCCAUUCAUCUAUCUUGUCGCCAUUCAGAAGCAGCUUCGUGCGGACCAUGGUGGCACUGCCAUUCUCAUUUACUCUGAAGCCUCGGGACUUCAGCCUGCCGAACUCCUCGUGGAGUGCAGAAACCAUGCGGUUGUAUGACUACUACAACAACCAGUGUGAGGUGGAAAAGGAAGUAGGAGAGAAACAGAGGGGAACCUGGAGGAGACUGCCCAGCUAUAAUCGCAGCCUCAAGUAUGCCACAGGAGGAGCCUAUCUCAGCAAGUUGAUCCAGUCCAAAAAUCGUCUUUUUACCCGCAGCAUCAAAACCACAGGAGCUGCAUUUGAGUAUGUUGUGUUUAUGAACAAAGAAGAGGAGAGGACUGUUUGCAUUUUCCAGGCUGGACACCUGCUGGAGGGCCCACCAGGACAUGUCCACGGGGGGGCAAUCGCCACUAUGAUUGAUUCUGUCACAGGCACUCAUGCAGCUUUCAUUUCUGGACCAAUGAUGACUGCCAAUCUCAACAUCAAUUACCGCAGCCCCAUCCCAUUGGGAAGUACAGUGUUAGUCAUAUCCUCCCUUGAUAACAAGGAAGGCAGAAAAAUGUUCUUUUCCUGUAAAGUGACCAGCUCUGAUGGCUCCAAGCUGCACACAGAGGCAACAGCACUCUUCCUGUCUAUCAAAGUCAGCCAUUUAUUACGAUCAACCAACACGUCUACAAAGCGAUCCUCGUGGCUGCUUCACCAUGACAACGCAACUGCUCGCAAUGCCCUGAACAUCUGACAGUGGCUGGCUGAGAAGCACAUCUCCAUGCUGUACCAACUUCCCUACUCACCUGACUGGCUCCGUGUGGGGUUUUCCUCCUUCCCAAUCUCAAGCGGGUCAUCAAAGGAACCUGUUUUGAAGACAAGGGGGAUAUCAAGAAGGAGUCCUUCCAGGGCCGCAUGAACACAGGGCCGCAAAGAAGGCUGGGAAAUUAUGUCAAAGGGAAAAACCUUUAGUUUGGAACUUUUCUGACACACUUUGUACAUAUUUUUAUUUUAACACAUUUGCGAAUGACUGGGCCCAUCUGUCCAUUUAAAAAAAAUCAAAUGUGACUCUUCGAGCACAAAUGUUUGCCCACCCCUGUCUUAAAUAAGAUGAAUUUGAAUGGUAUUAAUAAAAUACAGUGGUGCCUUG